CAAACUGCUAUUACGACCAACAGUCUCACCAUGGAUACAUGAUAUGUAGAUGUCUUAAGUAGUUAGUAUGUUAAUCUAAGUAGGCACUACUCAAACGCAAAAUAAUAUGGCGAAAGGCCCAUUUGAUCGAAUGGAGUUAUCUGUGAUAACUAUGCCAAUUCUAUCAUUAUUGGAUGUAGAUUAUAUCCUUUAAUUUAAUUUCAAAGAACAACUCUAUUAAAUGACCGAAGAGUAUAAAGUUGCAUUUAUUUCAACAUGUUGGUCAACGUGACCAAUGAGGAACUUGAAUUGCGCGCUUAACCGCGCGAAGUAUAAUAUGCGCAUCCACAACAUCGAAAUGACGUCACAAAUCAAGGAAUGUUGUUCAAGCUUGUUAAAUUAAAACCAAUAAUAAACUAUAAUCAAUAAGAAAAUCCUAAAAGAUUCGGAACGAUGUUCGCGCGACCCGUACGUGGAUUGCAGGCGAUCGCGCGAGGCUUUUAUACCUCACACCCCGUCUCUGCAAACGCAUAUGAGAUGCCGAAAUGCAGAAGUUGGGAGGAAAGGAAUACAAUUAUCCAUUCGCCAGAGGAGGCAGUAAAUCCUUACGUCUGUCAUUACCGCGCACAGAAUCAUUAUAGCGUAAAAAAAUUCCUUCCGAUCACAUGGAAGAUCCGUGGACUGUCAAUCGACGAUGCAAUUGCUCAGAUGGAGUUUGAUAACCGCAAAGGAGCAAAGAUUCUUAAAGAGGUUUUAGAGGAGGCACAGGAUUUGGCCGUGAAGAAGCAUAACAUCGAAUUUCGCUCAAACCUCUGGGUGGCCGAGGCAUUUGCAACGAAAGGGCAAACAAUUAAAGGACUUAGAAAGCAUGGGCGGGCUAGAUUUGGCAUCAUUGAACACAGGUACGCUCACGUAUAUGUUCGUUUAGAAGAAGGACAACCACCGAAAUGGUAUUAUGAUCCGCCGCUGGAGCCUGACACGAAGCUAAGAAUGUUUGCCAAGGAAUUAGAAGAGCGCUACGUCAUGUACAGCAUAUAGAAUUUCACUGGGGCAUUAUAUAUGUCAAGCUGCAUACGGCCACGCGCUGUGCCUGUGGGUAGUACUUCUAUAACGAGAUGGUAAUUGUCAUUUUCAUGUAGAUAGGAUGCAAUCUUUUUUUAAUUAGAAAAUAAAAAAACUAUAUAAAUAAAGGUAUACAACUCAUAAAAAAGAAAAGAAAUCGAUAUUGUAUCUUUAUUAUGGCAACAUAUUAUUUCUAUAUUUCAUAAACAGUAAUCAAAAUUUUUGAAAUAGGCUUAUAGCUACAUGUCAUUGAUGUGCUAGCGGUCCAACAGGAGUCCAGAGAAAUUCGCUUAUAUUCUGGUUACUCUAUUUCGCUUGUCAACAGUUUUUCAUUCCAAGACUAACCUAAUGUGUAAAAUCAACAUUUAGACGUAUUGGAUUAUAAAGAGUAAUAUGUGUAGGUUACCUUCAUUGACGAAUUCAUGUUUUAAGGGGCAUAGAAUAAAUAGAGGU